UGAGCUCUAACGCGCACGACUCUCUGACAGAACUGAAUUGAUCACUUCAGUGGACCGAGCUACUUUCGUCAUCUUCUGCGACUGACGGCCACUGUGACCUUUGAUUCAAUUUCAACAAGUGUUCUCCCCAGAGUGCGCUGGCCCGACUCUGAUGAUUCCGCAAUCCGGCGGGUGUUAAGAUCCAUGGAAGUGGCCGGGUUUUACGAGAAGGAUUGCCUUGCUUUCCACAGUAGCAACAGCGGUAACAGUCACAUCAGUAACGUCGACUGCAAGCAGCCAGGUGACGGCUCGAUGACGGAGCUGGGCAUCGCAGAGCACGAGAAGGCGAUAGAUUUCAGCAUUUACCUGGACCCCUCUCAGCACUAUCAACAGCACCUUGCUCAAAACGGAGCUCUGUACCAGCAACGCGGGGUGGAUAUCUUGGCCGACUUCCUUGCCGAGGAAGGCAAAAGUAAGCGAGGGGUAUCUUCACAAAACUACAGAAACUACUUACCAUUGAUCGAGCGAGACCCCCUUCAAAACAGCAACUCGCGAAACGCCAGUAUCCUGAGCUACCCCGAACUGCAGGAGACCCGGGUGGACAACCUGUUUUCUCCACAGGUUUUUGGCAGCUACUUAAAAACCGGGUUAAGGCAAGAGGCAAAAGAAGACGCUAGGAUGGACCACAGUACCGUUUCUUCUGGGUUCGACAUGAGGUCUUAUCUGCAGUACCAGUCCGCUCCGAGCGGUAGUCUUGGGAACAUUUCCACCGCCUCCUCCUCCUGCUCCAGUCCACCUGGAACACCUUCGGGGCCAGGUAAGGACGGGUCGCCCCUGCAGAAUGGCAAAACGUCUUCAAGCAGUAAAGGGAAGAAGCGACUGGAUAAGGACAGCGAGGAAUACAGGCAGCGACGGGAGAGGAACAACCUGGCGGUGAGGAAGAGCAGAGACAAAGCGAAAAUGCGCAACAUGGAGACGCAGCACAAAGUCCUGGAGCUCGCCGCGGAAAACGAACGAUUACAGAAACGCGUGGAGCAGCUAUCAAGAGAACUGGCCACCCUGCGAAACUUGCUUUCAGCUACUGGGCAGUGCUAAUCCGGGGGUCUCGCCGUAUCAUGGCACUGUGGCACCAAAAACACGGAACAUAAGCCGGGACUGUGAAUAAAUCUGUUCCCUGCAGUCAAUUUGCUCUGGGACAUGUGCACAUACCAAUGUAUACAUGAGUGGGCUGUACAAAGUUUACAUGCAGUAAGAGAAUAAGGAACAAAAAAAAAAAAAAAAACAUUUACAAACGGUUUACAAAAGGAAGAGAGACUUUCAAAGAAUACCGUGGGCGAAUGAAUUGCGCAACCAUCAAUGUUUGGUGACAUCAUGCCACUUGAAUAUAUUGUAUGGUGUAUGUACAGUAUUUUAAACCAGUUUUACAGUAAAUAUGUCUAAUAUUGUGUUAUUUAAAUAUAAUUCAUUCCUCGCUUUUUCGAGCAGUGGCUGGUUGUCUAGGGACGAACUGGAUAGCAUGGGCAUGAUGCAACUCUAUGUAACAGUAUUGGCAAGCAAUGAAGUCUGUUAAAGAUGUAAAAGGUACCAAUGUUUUUUAAUGCCACAGAAUAUUUUAUUGAAUUAAAAAUAUUUUUACUUUGCUGAAAAA